CAGCUAUAGAGAGAGAAGGCAGGAUCUCAGCUCCGAGUCCCCAGCACCUUCCCAUACAAUGACAUGAGAUUGCACACAGAGUGUCAGGAUUGGGGGGCUGAAGGCAUCUCAUCCUCACAUCCACACCACCACCACCACCAUCAUGGACACCUCUGGGCACCUUCAUGAUUCAGGGGUCGGCGACAUGGACGAAGAACCCAAGUGUCACUGCCCGUUAUCGGGGGACUCUGCCAACCAGCUGCAGAGCCAGAGCUACCAUCACAGCCUGUUGCACUCGUCCUCGCCAUCAGCUUUCAGGGCACCUCCUUCCAACAACUCCACUGUCCUCCACCACCCUUCUUCCUCCAGGCAGGGCAGCCAGCUCAAUUUAAGUGACCACUUGGUUGGACACUCUCCAACUUCAGCGUCUACAAGUGGGGCUGGCGGAGGAUGCAAGCACAGACAAGCCAGUCCUCUCGUCCACAGAAGGGACAGCAACCCAUUCACCGAAAUAGCCAUGAGCUCUUGUAAAUACACAGGGGGGGUGAUGAAGCCCCUCAGCCGACUAAGUGCCUCCAGAAGGAACCUGAUAGACUCAGAGCCUGAGAGCCAACCUCUUCAGAUCUUCAACUCCAGCAACGCUCCCGAGAUAGUCAUAUCUUCCAAGGAUGAGCACCACUCCAACCAGAAUUUGCACCACCACCAUCCCAACGCCACACAGAACCACCAACACUCAGGCAAUAACACCGCCACCACCAAUUACCCCAAACCCAACAAGAGAAAGCAUCAAAAUAUUGGAUAUAAAUUGGGACAUAGGAGGGCGCUUUUCGAAAAACGGAAGAGGCUCAGUGACUACGCUCUGAUAUUCGGGAUGUUUGGAAUAGUUGUCAUGGUCAUUGAGACAGAACUGUCAUGGGGUUUGUACGAAAAGGACUCAAUGUUUUCUCUGGCCCUGAAAUGCCUUAUAAGUUUAUCCUCCAUCAUUCUGCUGGGACUGAUCAUCGCUUAUCAUGCCCGAGAGGUGCAGUUGUUCAUCAUAGACAAUGGCGCUGAUGACUGGCGGAUCGCCAUGACAUACGAGCGGAUUUUCUACAUCAGCCUGGAGCUGCUCAUCUGCGCCAUUCACCCGAUCCCCGGGGAGUACAAGUUCUUCUGGAACGCCCGCCUGGCCUUCUCCUACACCCCGUCGCAGGCGGAGGCGGACGUGGACAUCAUCCUGUCCAUCCCCAUGUUCCUGCGGCUUUACCUUAUCGCCCGGGUCAUGCUCCUGCACAGUAAACUCUUCACAGACGCCUCGUCCCGCAGCAUCGGGGCCCUCAACAAGAUCAACUUCAACACCCGCUUCGUCAUGAAGACCCUGAUGACCAUCUGCCCGGGCACCGUGCUCCUCGUCUUCAGCAUCUCCUUGUGGAUCAUCGCUGCCUGGACCGUGCGGGUCUGCGAGAGGUACCAUGACCAGCAAGACGUCACCAGCAACUUCUUAGGUGCCAUGUGGCUGAUCUCCAUAACGUUCCUGUCCAUUGGUUACGGUGACAUGGUACCGAACACCUACUGCGGGAAGGGUGUGUGUCUGCUAACUGGCAUCAUGGGCGCUGGUUGUACUGCCUUAGUGGUGGCUGUGGUCGCUCGAAAGCUGGAGCUUACCAAAGCUGAGAAGCACGUCCAUAACUUCAUGAUGGAUACGCAGUUAACUAAACGGAUAAAAAACGCAGCAGCCAAUGUCCUCCGGGAAACAUGGCUGAUUUACAAGCACACAAAACUGCUCAAGAAGAUUGACCAUGCUAAAGUCCGCAAGCACCAGAGGAAGUUCUUGCAGGCGAUUCAUCAGUUAAGAAGUGUGAAGAUGGAGCAAAGGAAGCUGAGUGACCAAGCCAACACCUUGGUAGAUCUCUCCAAAAUGCAGAGCGUGAUGUACGACCUUAUAACGGAGCUCAAUGACCGCAGUGAGGAUCUGGAGAAACAGAUUGGGAAUUUGGAAACCAAGCUGGACCAGAUCACUUCCACCUUCAACACUCUUCCUGUCCUGAUCGUGGACACCCUGCGCCAGCAGCAGCAGCACCUUUUGUCUGUCAUAAUGGAGUCACGGGCGCUGGGAGUUGCGGUGGGAACCCCACAGACUCCCCUUUUUGACAGUCCUAUGGGGAUCAGUUCGGCAUCUUUUCCCACACCGCACACCAGCUCCAGUAGCUGCUGACUGGCCAGACUUGUGUUGUGGAUGGUGGACCUCCAAGUCAUAGUAAGAUCACAUAGGAAACAUCAGGAAUGUUGGCUACGUAACUAUCAUGUAAUAUCAGCUAACCUUGAGUAGAACUUCUUGUAGAAAAGCCACUUAACAAUGAGGAACUGCUUGAAGGUUGAGACAUUACGAUGGCGCACCUUCCCUAUGGUGGCGCACCUUCUCGUUCACUGCCAAGUAACCUGCGAUGCUUAGUGGAGAAGGAACUGUUACAAUCCUGCUUCCUCCUGCCAACACCUUCCCCAAUCUUCCUAGUAUUGUCCUUUUUCUUCUAAUACUGCCCUCCAAUGUUGCGGCACUUCCAUGGGGGCGAAUGCCAGUGCAAGCAUAUUUAACCCUUUGAGAAGUCUUGGCCUCAUCCUUUUCUUACAGAUGUCUUUAUAAGUGCCUGCACAUUGAAGGCCAUUACUGUCACAACCAAGAGCGCCCCCUUGUGGUUAGGCCUCCUUAAGGUCCUCCUCUAGAGUUAUUAGUUGACGUCAAUUGGUCUUGCAAUUUAGAGGACAUGGAAGUCCUUGUGCUUUCAUACACUGAAUUUCUGUGCUUGGCAUAUAUAUAUGCUACACUUAUAUCCAACAAACUGCUGGGUCAAAGGUGACGCAAAAGGUGGUACCACAACUGUACCCGAUCGCUUCAGGAUGGUGAACGCAAAUAAUCAGUUAUUCACUGCGUAACAUAAAUCUACCUGCGCUAAACGUGGGGGCAGUCGCCACUUCUGUACGUAUGUUUUGCACCAAGACACAACCAAAAACAAGGAAAACAGAACAGGAGAAAGAAUAUGUCUAGUGGCCCGAACAGGUCCAGAUGUUGAACUGAUGACAGAGCGGAGUGCGGUAUAUGAAUCACUGUGCAUCUACCUACAGCCAGGAUCCUACGCUGUAGAUUAGGGAAAGGAGCUCACUUUAGGGGACUAAGCUACAAUACGCCUUCCCCUCCGUUUUAACAAAAAAAAAAAAAGAAAAAAAAAAGAUAUAUAUUUAUAUAUUUAUGCUACAAACAAUCAAAACCUGAGUGUCAGAUCCCGACAGAACGCAGAUAUUUACAUAAGUUAGGGGGCUGACUACUCUGUCGCUGGGGCCAUUUUUCUAUUACUAUAUCAAGUCCGGCGAAAGGUAGAUAGAUGAAAAAAUAAAUAAAUUGGCUUAUACUGUGCCCCUGAUAGCAUAAAAGGGGCCCCCCAGACUGUGCCCUUUAUGUUUGAACACAUAGGGCUGGGUUUCCAUAUAGCGGUGGUACAAAGGUAAACUAAAUACAUCCAUAAAGAGGCAACAUCCAGCUGGCCAACAGUGCAAAGAGGGCUCAAAGGAAAAUUUGGGGGCAUUUGCCCUCUUAUUGGUUAAUAUCAUGUAACAAUAUAACAAGGUCGGCUUGAUGACCGUCCCUCAUGUUCUUCAUGCUCUGAACCAUAUUUUAGAGCUGUAGAAAAAAAUAUUAUAUAGUGCUGGGGCCCUGGUAACAUAGAUAAUAAAUAUAUAUAUAUAUAUAUAUAUAUAUACACAUACUUACCUUCCCCUGGCCCCACCACUCCUGUUGUUUUUCCACGGGUCAUCUCUUCAACCUGCUUCCGAGAGAAAUAUUAGAGCAGGACCUUCCCGCUCAGCCAAUCAUCCUGCACCGAGCGUUCAUCUCAGAAGCAGGCUGAAGAUACAAGUGGUGGGGGACUGGAAGGAGCAGGUAAAUAUUUAUAUAUUUAAAAAAAUAUUUUAUCAGGGUCCCAGCACGAGGAGGAGGUCCCAUGUCCCACUGUUUGAAUGGAGCGGUGGUUGGACCCCUCCAUACAACUCUACGGGCCAGAUGAAGUUUUUUGAGCGCUGUACCCGCUAUCUCCGGGAGGCCCACAGAGUUGUAUGGACUGGUAACGCACAUUUGAAAACAGAGGGACAUAGAAUACCCAUCCUUGUGAUCGGUGGGGUUCCCAGCAGUCAGACCCCUGCUGAUCAUAUGCUCAUCACCUGUCCUGCAGACGUUCAUGGGAAAGUCAGAGUUGCUCAGAGUUAAAGAAACCAAAUAAAAAGAAAACAGUGUCACAACUGUCCAUAGGUCAUCUAUGGUAUUGAAAGUUAGUUCAAACUUAGGUGCCAUCUAAGAGGAUGGCACCUAAAGUGUAAGGUUUUCCCAAAGUCGGACAAAUACUUCAAAGUCACAUGGGGAGUACAGCUUCCCUGUCACAUGGGGAGUACAGCUUCCCUGUCACAUGGGGAGUACAGCUUCCCUGUCACAUGGGGCAUAGCGCUUCCCUGUCACAUGGGGCAUAGCGCUUCCCUGUCACAUGGGGCAUAGCGCUUCCCUGUCACAUGGGGAGUACAGCUUCCCUGUCACAUGGGGCAUAGCUUCCCUGUCACAUGGGGAGUACAGCUUCCCUGUCACAUGGGGCAUAGCGCUUCCCUGUCACAUGGGGCAUAGCGCUUCCCUGUCACAUGGGGAGUACAGCUUCCCUGUCACAUGGGGCAUAGCUUCCCUGUCACAUGGGGAGUACAGCUUCCCUGUCACAUGGGGCUUACUGCUUUCCUGUAUCAUGGGGAGUACCCUGUCACAUGGAGCGUACCACUCUCCUGUCACAUGGCGCACAACUCCCCUGUUCAGAGCUCUUUAGUGCCUCCUAGUGGCAGAAAGUCAUGACUACAGUGUUCCAUUGAGUGCCAAAGCUCUACAUUUCUACUAAUAUAUUCACAAUACUAUUUAUAUUCCUUUUUAAUCUUCUAGAAUGUAGCCGAAUUUUCCUCCUCCUCAGUUUUAUCAAAUGCAGAAAAGAGGAAACGUGUAAAUGAUUUCUAGAGGAUAUAUUGGGAUAGACAAAGCAUUAUAUAACAUUUCUAUGGAGUCUGGGAUGUAGGGUCAUCGUGUAGAUCCAGACAUGGCUAGCUGGUCUCGUUCAUUGCUGGUAUCUCCAUAUAGUGCCAUGUGUAUAUCUGCGGUAUUGAUGCAGCUUUCGGAAAGGCCAUAACUGUGCGCUCAACCACAACCAUGAAGCCCUCCAUCUUUGUUUUAACUGCACCCAGUAAUGGAACAUGUGGGACUGGGCCAAUAAAAGUCACUUUGUGUCAUUGCACAGCAGCUCCCUCUAGUGGUUGGGGGUGACAAUAUCCAUAGGGAUUGAAUGUAUCAGUGAUUUAAAUCUGUAUAAUUCAAUAGAUGACACUUCAUAUAUGUCAUAAACCACAAACCUUUAGCACUGUCCAUGUAUCCUGCAGAAUAUCUCACCAUUGACCCCUCUGCAGAACAUUGCUGUGUUCCAUCCAUCCUCAUAUAUGGCAUUUUACUUCUAUUACGGGCAAGUAGUGAACUCUACACAAGUGGCCGAUCAAAGGGCCGGUUUACACGCCUUUACAUGGGGCUGGAUGUGUCUUGUAAAGUGAUAGGAUCCCUUUCUGAUCAGUGGUAUCAGAGGUCCCCUCCCCCGAUCAUAUAGUCAUAUGCCAUCCAGGAAUGUGCACAGACAUUUUGGGGGGCAAAGUCCCAACUGAAAAAAUGGGCACUUCAUCAAGAGCGCAGGGGCUCAAGCCCCCUUUCUAGUUUUUGUGUGCACGUCCUAGAUGCCAUCACUUUGGGGCCCCCCGUGAUGCCUAGAAAGGCAUGUGAAUCCCCCUGUGCGCUGUAGAUACGCGAACACUGUACUUGUGUAUCUCUGGCGAUCCCAUAGAGAAUGCAUGUAGGGUGUAUAUCGACCCCAAGCUCAGCGUACAGGGAGAUUAGGGCACUGUUAUGGAGAUCAUGGGGGUCACAGAGGUUCGGAGCAUGGGUAACGACAACCCCUGACAAUCAUGAUGGACUCCCCACACUAAGGGCCCUAUUAAAUGGCCCAAUCCUGCGUGUAAAUGUCUGCCAAUCUCGUAAAAUAUAGGUAGGCCGAAGGAAGCGACUUCAUUCAGGUCCGAUGUUUCUCCAGAUGAAAAAGAAAUCCAGGAGUCUCCAUGUAAUCCUCAUAACCAAACCCUGGCGCUAGCAUAAAAAUGUAAAUAAAUCUACAAGUAAAAGGGCGGGAGGUGACAGACCUUACCGAGCUGUGGAGAAAACAUAGCCCUAUAUAUGGGAAGGAAUAAAUAAAAAACUCCUACAGCAUGGAGUGUGGAGGGAGAUGUGGGUUGUUCUCAGAUGUCCGUAAAAUGUAAGAGGGCAAACAUAAGGAAAAUGGGAAAAUUAGAAAAGAAAAACAUACAGGAGGCAAAAGGAAGACAACGGGAUAGAAAAUUUACAUUGAUGUGUCUGGAAAAUAGAGAAUGUUCAAAAAAGGAAUAAGAAAUAAUGGAGGAAACGAGUCAAUGUCUGAGAGAAGUGUUAGAGAUAUGGAAACGCUGCACGGAAAUCAGAACUAAAACCAAAGAGAACAGGGUUCUCCUGGAGGAUGGGGACAAGUGAUAUCACUGUUCACUCACCAAUCGGCCAAGGAGAUGGCGGCCAUCACAUCAGCCGUCAGGUGGACACGGACAUUGUAAGGGCUUCUCUCCUUCUAACAUCAGUUUAAAGGCUUAAAAUAGGGGAAACAAACCUACUUACCUAGUCCGGUCCCCUGCAGCCCCUCAUCUUCUGUCAUCUUUCUGAGAUAAGCUCUGAGUGAAGGACCUGCCGGUUAAGCCAAUCACAGGCUGAGAUGGGACAGACAGUGAUUGGCUGAGCCGGCAGGUCCUGCAUUGAGUGUUUGUCUCUGAAGCCGGAAGAAGACAGAAGAUCGUGGGACUGGACACUUCCAAGAGGGAGUUGUGGGGAUGUUUGAUUUAUACUGGAUUACCUCUUUAUUGUGGAGAAACAUCGGCCAUGAACAGAUCGUCUCCUUUCAUACAUGUGAGGGAUGAGUAAAUGUCCGGCUAUAAGACAUUGUUUAGUGUCAUUUCCUAUAAAGUAAUCAAGCCGGGGUCCAUCCUCCGACCGCGGGGAGGCCAUUAUGGACUUACCUUGUAUCCUGUGAUCAUCCAUACUCCAUAUUAGCCAUGUACUUACCCUCCAUCCUGUGAUCAUCCAUUCUCCAUAUUAGCCGUGUACUUACCUACUAUCCUGUGAUCAUCCAUUCUCCAUAUUAGCCGUGUACUUUCCUUCCACCCUGUGAUCAUCCAUUCUCCAUAUUAGCCCUGUACUUACCUUCCAUCCUGUGAUUAUCCAUUCUACAUAUUUGCCGCGUACUUACCUUCCAUCCUGUGAUCAUCCAAUCUCUAUAUUAGCCAGGUACUUGCCUUCCAUCCUGUGAUCAUCCAUUCUCCAUAUUAGCCGGGUACUUACCUUCCAUCCUGUGAUCAUCCAUUCUCCAUAUUAGCCAGGUACUUACCUUCCAUUCUGUGAUCAUUCAUUCUCCAUAUAAGCCAUGUACUUACCUUCCAUCCUGUGAUCAUCCAAUCUCCAUAUUAGCCCUGUAGUUACCUUCCAUCCUGUGAUCAUCCAUUCUCCAUAUAAGCCAUGUACUUACCUUCCAUCCUGUGAUCAUCCAAUCUCCAUAUUAGCCCUGUAGUUACCUUCCAUCCUGUGAUCAUCCAUUCUCCAUAUAAGCCAUGUACUUACCUUCCAUCCUGUGAUCAUCCAUUCUCCAUAUUAGCCCUGUAGUUACCUUCCAUCCUGUGAUCAUCCAAUCUCCAUAUUAGCCAUGUACUUACCUUCCAUCCUGUGAUCAUCCAUUCUCCAUAUAAGCCAUGUACUUACCUUCCAUCCUGUGAUCAUCCAUUCUCCAUAUUAGCCCUGUAGUUACCUUCCAUCCUGUGAUCAUCCAAUCUCCAUAUUAGCCAUGUACUUACCUUCCAUCCUGUGAUCAUCCAUUCUCCAUAUAAGCCAUGUACUUACCUUCCAUCCUGUGAUCAUCCAUUCUCCAUAUAAAGGCCAUUGUUGUGCACAUUCUGUUAAGUCCGGCAUAUGUUGGUGAUUGGACACCUAGACGUCAGAGUGGACUGUCCCACGCCCAUCGCUAUUUUUCGGGAUCGGUCAGGGAGUUUUGCAUGUGAUCUUUGCAUGAAAUAAGUGGCACCUACAGUCCAUCCUCCAUUUCAUCAGUCAUUUUGGGGAGAUGACUGAUAAGUCUGAGAAAACGUUACUUAUCUGAUAUUGAAUUGAGAUGUCGCGGGGAAGGCUGGGAUUGGUGAGCAACAUGUGGCCAUAGGGCUGUAUCCAUCUAGUCACUUUAUAGGGCAUUAGGAGCCCCGUUAUGAGUUCAGCUGGGGGUUCUCCUCUUCUAGGUGGCUCGGUAGUGGUCCCCUGUCCACAGCUGGUGCAGAUGACUUCUAUGUCGUGAACCAGUUUGUGUUGUGGAAUUACCAGUUCCAGCCCCGAUAUUUGGAGGUCUCUGGGGUAGUGGGGGUAGAAAGUUGUCUCCGGCCCUUGUUCAGUUUACCGUAUUUGAGUGCGUUUUGGGCCAACAAGACCCUGACUAUAACCAGUUGCGCUCCUGUACAGCGGCAGACAAUUACCUCUGCUUUAUAACACAAUUCUCCCACCGCCCGGUCCUGAGGUGAGGUUUGGGCCGAUCCCGGAGACUUGCUGUGCAGAAAUCGGCCAUAUCUGUAUUGCAGAAUGUAGACUGUUGUCAUCUCCAUCGCUGUCCUCGGCCGGCGUGCCGAUGGUGACCCGUCCAUCUCCUUUUAUUUUACUAAGAUAUGUAUCUUCCUUCUACGUAUUUUUUUAUAUUUUAUAAUAAAGAUAUCCUUAUCCCAGCAAGCUAUUUUUUAAUCUUUCUAUCUAGACAGAAUGCUGGUGGGGCGCGCGCUCUCGUGCAGGCGCCGUCGCUCUUAUCCUUGGGAAAUAAAAUAAGAUAUUUGCU